AUGGCGCAGGACGGCAGCGGGAGCUCCUGCAAGGCGUCGCCGAGCAGCAGUGACUGCUCCACACCGUUCAGGUUCAACGUGCACGCGCGGGAGUUCGUGCCUAUGUCGCCGGCGGCCAGCCCGCUAACGGCCGCCGGCUACUACUCGCCGUUCUUGCAGCUGUCCGACGGUGGUGGUGGCAUUGGGCUGGGCGCGGACUGGAGGUCCUUUACCGAGCCAGACCCCAAGUUCUUCUUGCCGGACUUUGGGCACGCCAGCAUCGCGGGUGCUGCCGGCAGCGGCGGGCAGCCAAAGGGUGCAAGUCCAGCCGACAUUGCGCACAAGAUUAUCAAGCAGGUUGAGUACCAAUUCAGCGAUACUAAUUUGGUUGCAAAUGAUUUCUUGAUGAAGAUCAUGAACAAGGACCCUGAGGGAUAUGUUCCUAUGUCUGUUAUUUCAUCCUGGAAGAAAAUUAAGGCUAUGGGGGUAACACAUCAACUGCUGGUUAACGCUCUUCGGACCUCGGCAAAGCUUGUUGUCAGUGACGACGGCAAGAAAGUGCGGCGGGCACAACCAUUCACAGAGAAACACAAAGAAGAGCUGCAGUCUCGCACGGUUAUCGCGGAGAAUUUGCCAGAUGAUUCCACAAGAAAUAGCCUCGAGAAGAUCUUCGGUGCCAUUGGAAGUGUGAAGAACAUCAGAAUAUGUCAUCCGCAAGAACCUAGCUCUGCAAAGGCUACAAAGUCUGACGCAAACGCGCUAGUUAGUAACAAGUUGCAUGCGCUCAUAGAGUACGAGACAUCACAACAAGCUGACAGAGCAGUCGACAAGUUAAACGAUGAAAGAAACUGGAGGAAGGGUCUACGCGUGCGCCCGGUGCUACGACGAUCGCCCAAGACGGUGAUGCGGCUCAAGCGGCCGGACUUCGACCACCUCAUCGCCACCAACGAGGAGCAUUCGCCGCAGUCCCAGGUUCCGUUGGACUCCCUGACGGCGGAACACUUGUCUGAACACAACCAGGAGGAGCAACACGUUGGGAGCAAGAAGCCGUGGGGCAGAGGGCGGGGCAGGCCGCACAACGCCGCGCCGCCGCAUCCCGUUCACGCUGCAGGCACGGCCGGGCAUUGGGACUCACUGGCGAGCCCCCGGCAAGCGCCGCAGAGGCCGAGGAUGCCAGACGGCACGCGCGGGUUCACCAUGGGGCGAGGGAGGCCGUCGCCGGCAGUGGCAGCUGCUGCGGUCCUCCGGAGCACACCGGUCCGGGCGGCCGCUGCUCCUGCAGCUGUCGUGAUUUAGCAAGGAUCGUCUAGGUUGCCCGGCUGUGCCUGUGGUGGUGUCUGAUUGUUUCGGAGAACAUGUGAUUUUCUUUUCUUCUUUUUGCUUCUCGUCUUUUUAUUUUAUUUUGGGGUCUUGAAUAAUUGCCGCGGUUUUGUUACCAGGAAUGGCACGUGCUCUUAAGUAUUUUAUCUCAGUAUAGUUAUGGA